CAACCAUUCAUCUCCACUCACUCAACAAUGGAGGCCAAACUCCUCAAUUCUCUCACCCGAGCUCCGCCAUUACCGACCACCUUAUCUCUCCCAAACCACCGAUUAUUCUCACAUCUCACUCGCCGGACACUCAAAUUCAGUCCCAUCCAUGCCUCCAGCUCCGACGACACCAGUCCGGCGAGCGACCGCGCACCGUCGCAGAGCUCGCAAAUAACACCGCCUCCGGAAACCGUCGAGGUGAGAUUCCGAAGGCGAUCGUCGAGAAGGCAGUUGAAGAAGCUGCGCGAGGAAGGUGGUGACGAAGAGAGGUUUGGAAAGGCGGCGACGAAGACGAAGCCUGCUCCUCCGGUGAAGAAGUGGGAAGAGAUGAGCUUUGCGGAGAAGGCGUGGGAGCUCUACGUUGGAGAGAAAGGAGCGUUGUUCUGGCUAAACAAGUUUGCUUACGCUUCGAUCUUCAUCGUCAUCGGAGGAUGGAUUCUGUUCCGGUUUGUUGGACCGUCGCUCAAUCUUUACCAGUUGGAUUCUGCUCCUCUUUCUCCUGGUAACUUGUUCAAGGGAUCUUGAUGAUCACCAUUGAUGAUAAUCUCAGGGUCUCGAUCCUUGUGGAUCUUUUUCUUGAAUCUGAUACGAAGAUUAUGAACUCGGUUAACUCGUGUAAACUCACUUACUGUGUUGUUCUCUUCAACUUAUAUCAGAUUUCAUUAACGUUUCA